GCGGUUGACAGCUUCCUGUCUCGAGCGGGAAGACGUUGAUCUUACCCAACUUCAUUUAAGUCUAAUGUAAGUCAGAUUUACGGUAUAGUAUAAGAGCGCCUCGCAUUCCCCCCCACAUUUCUCGAACAUCGCCCGCGUCUGUCUUCGCCGUUUCUGCAUUGACGCGUCCCUCUAAGACGCUGAUCCCCCGUCCUGCGUAUAUUCCCAUCUUCAUUGACGCGCGAACAUUUCCCAGGAUGGUUCAACACUUGUUCCAAUCCCUUGCCGUUGCGGCUUUGGCAAUCACUCGUGUCACGGCCUGCGACGAGUGUUACGGGCCCACUGACUUCAUCACCCACGAGCGUAUCGUUCGUCGCAUGCAACCGGAUGCGCAGGGUGCUUCAUAUGGCCCGACGCAAGAGCUCGAAUGGGGCCAGAUCAACUUCUUGCAGACGACCGAUACGCAUGGCUGGCUUGAAGGCCACAUCAAGGAGCAGAAUUAUGGCGCCGAUUGGGGAGACUUCGUGUCGUUCACGAGGCACAUGAAGGCCAAAGCCACAGCGAUGAACGUUGACCUGCUGCUGAUUGAUACUGGCGAUCUUCAUGAUGGCAAUGGCCUGGCCGAUGCUACCACUCCUAAUGGAGCCGCGAGCAACCCAAUCUUUGAGAAUAUCCCUUACGACGUCCUUACGAUUGGCAACCAUGAGCUUUACGUCUCUGAUAUUGCCUAUGAAACGUUCGCAGACUUCUCCACGUUCUAUGGCGACCGCUAUGUGACCUCAAACGUCCAGAUAUUCAACCAAAAGACCAACAAGUAUGAGUAUGCCGGAUCAAAGUACAGAUACUUCACCACCGACCAUGGCAUUCGCAUCAUGGCAUUCGGAGUCCUAUUUGAUUUCACAGGUAACUCCAAUGCCAGCAUCGUCACUCCUGCUGCGAAAAUGGUCAAAGAGCAGUGGUUCCUCGACGCCCUGAAUAUUGACCGCCCAAUUGACAUGUUCCUCGUCAUCGGACAUAAUGCAAUCCAAGGUUCUACGAGCACCACUGGCACGGUCCUGAACGCAAUUCGCGCUGUGCACCCCGACAAGCUUAUUCAGGUUUUCGGAGGCCAUACCCACAUUCGCGAUGCUGUCAUUUAUGACCAUGCUGCUGUUGGCAUUGAGAGUGGAAGGUACUGUGAGACUGUCGGAUGGAUGGCGAUUUCUGGAAUUGAGUCGGAUAACUACUAUGGCGCCAGCCUUCCCGAUGGAGUCCCGCAUCCGACAAAAUCCGCAUUUGAUAAGCCAAAGACGACAUCGACUUCCACCGCAAGCUCAACAACCUCAACGGCUGCUACCACGCAAGGGAAGAAAGAUAAACCCGACCACCCUGAUCACCCCAAGCACCCCGAUCACCCCAACCACCCUGGUACCCCCACCACCACCACCACCGCCUCCCCCGCCCCAACUCCCAGUGGUUAUCGCUUUGCUCGUCGCUACCUUGAUUGGAACCGUCUCACCUUUGCCUUCCACGCUGAGACCUCCCAAGACAAGUCUUUCGAUCUCCGCCAAGGUAUCGAUAUAACCAAUCACAUCACGGACACUCGCAAAAAGUUGAACGUGACGUCUGUAUAUGGAUGUGCUCCCCAGACGUGGUGUAUGUCCUGCCUACCUUUCGGCUCUCCAGGAAACAUCUAUACUCUCCUUAGCAAGGCUCUUGCAGCUGUGAUAAUCAACCCUGAGAGGUCGACAAUUCCCAGGAUUGUCAUAGCGAAUACAGGCAGCGUUCGCUUUGACUUGGUCCAGGGACCUUUUACGUACGACGAUUCGUUUAUCGUGUCGCCAUUUACGAAUACCUUCAAAUACAUUCCUGACAUGCCUUGGUCUGUUGCCUCUAAGCUUCUGAAUGUUUUAAACGGCGGCGCAUACCAGCGACGAGAUGAGAGACAGGAGACAGAUAUGGAUCUCGGAUAUCAAUUCCCAACUCGGGACAACACAGAGGCGUGUCUUGAUCCAGGCACGGUCUCUCCAGAGUUGUCGAAACGCUCUACGAGGGGAAUAGUGCGCAGGCAGAGCAGCACUUUGACGCCUGGAUACAACACCACCGAUGAUUUCGGAAAUGAUGGUGACGAUACCAAGCACAGCGAGAUCCCGUACUUCCCCCAGCCAUACGACUUCCAGGCUAAUGCAUCUUUCCCCGCCGACGGGUCCGCGCCUGCGACAGUCGACGUAGUCUUCCUUGACUUCAUCGGCUCUUACAUUAUUACGGCCCUGCGCAAGAUUCCGGGCGGAGAGAAAUACACCAGUGCCGACUUCAAGGACUAUCUACCCCCCACCUUCCUUUCCAACCAGUACCUCCCAGAGUAUGCGAAGAUUGCUCCCGACUGGCAGAAGGAUAUGCCGAAUUGCCCAGUUGGAAAGGGCGUUGGUUUUGCCAAGAAUUGAAAAGAUAUUAUGCUGGUGUAGACAGGUUUAAGAGGAUGUACUUCUAGGGGGUGACAGAUAUACUCUGAUUUAUUUGGUGUGGGAAAGAUAAUAUCAAGGUCGUUCUGCGAUACGUAUUUGGGCUGAAAAUGGGCCAUUCUAGGCAUCUCAGACAGUGACCCGAUGUUUCCCCGUAAGUCGAAUACCCCUUUACACAACAUGUAAUUGUCUCGUAGAACCGGAAUAUACAC